AGAGCUUCCUGGCUUUGAUGGUAUUGGUUCAUGAAAGCGCGAGGGGCCAACAUGCUGUGCUACGAGCUGCUUUCAAGGGUUUUGAGAAAGAGGCCGAGGGAUAUAUCGAGUGGAAUACCCUGAAGUAUGUGUUGAUGAAUGUAGGAGAACCACUGAAUGAGUUAGAGGCAGAGCAAAUGAUGGAGGCAGAUAAAGAUGGAGAAGGAAGCUUCGAUUAUGAAGGUAAGAGUAGAUUAGUCUCUUUUGAUUUUAUCUUGCUGGAUAAGGUUGAACAAAUAACCUUUUUACCAUUAAAAGCAGAACAUUUUCUUCCCAGAAUUUGGGAACAUGAUGACUGGAGGCUCCUUCAAGAUGAGCUAAGUGAAUCAAAGAAGGCAAACAUGAAUAGGCAACAUUAUAUUGGUCAGGGUUGACAGUGUAGGUUACUGUUAUGAACAUCAUGCUUCACCGGUUUUGAUCAUGCAUGUUGAUAAAACAAGACAAUUGCUUUCAAUGUUGGUCUUGAAGCAUGCAGAUGUUUAUAUUUGAAUUCAUAUAACGAUGUGGCCAUUACUACCUUGUAUGCUGACUGAUUGACUUUUGAUGUAAAUAUAGUAAUUCAUAUGUAUGAUUUCUUAAAAUGACAACAACAAAACAUCUGUACAACCUUAAGGUACUUACUAUAUGAAUGAAAAGGGCUUGAGUGAAAGCACCUUGGCCUCACUGAGAAUCUCCAGUCCCUUGCCUUUUUAGAGGAUAUUCAUCAAAGGGUUACAUUUCCAAGGCCAGCCACCCCCUCUGUCUGAUAGCAUCUGGUCUGCCCAACCAAUAAAUCCCAUUCUCAUCCCUAAAGCCAGAUGGACAGCUCGGCGAGCCAACGGCAGCUGCCGCUUACACCCCAUCCGACCUAUCACAGGAGGGAAGGGGGCUUUGGAUCACAGGGCUAUGGUUGCAGAAUCCCUGGAGCUUCUACUGUUAUAUGAAACACAACAAGGGGCAAGGUAGGGGAACAGGUCUAAGGAAGCAAGGAGAGAUCGACAGAGAAUCCUUUGGAAGCAGCCAGGGGUUGGGUUGCUUUGUAUGGAGUGGAGCAGCGGUGAGAACGAAUGUGUUUCCCAUGUAAACAGCCCCUCAGUCAGUGGAGCAGCUGCCUGCGUUACUGCUGAGGAGCAGGGAGAAGCAGAAGAGGAGGAGGUGUAGAGAGGGGGAAACGUUCCUUCUCCUUAAGAUAUUACGCCUCCUCUAUCUUGUUGCCUCCUACGGCUCCUUUUAAAUAUUUAAAAAAAAAUAGUGCUUCUCCUACCACAUCGACGAAAGGUAGGUACUGACAUAACAUAUACCCCUAAUCUGGGAGGGCAUUUAAGGCGAGCUUGCAUGUCACGUUGGCAGGAUUAAAAGCCUUUAUUUAUUUAUACUCAUUGGCUUACAGAGGAAUGAUCACUGUGCAACAACAUUCCAUGGUGUGAAUAAGACUAAGAGAUAAACAUGUUACAUUAUGAACAUUUUAUGUUGACUGUCUUUGCACUGUAUUUGAUCUCUAAUUGGACAGUGACAAAGGCUGAGACUUUGCUCUUGGUUUUGAUUGGUUGAGAGCUUGCACUGCACAUGUUCCUCAUUUGGUGAACAGACUGGCAUGCAGGCAGGCUGCAUUCUGAGGGGGGCGGGACCCGGGAUGGCUCAUGUGUCUUUGUUUUCACGGUUUGUGUGACACUAUAGUAGGGUGCCAUGUCUGCCAGGCAUGUCUGCCAUACUAUCGGCCAACAAUAUACAUGGCAUAAUUCAGCAUUUCAUUACAUUAACCCUCUAAUUAUAUCUUAUGAAGGCUUAAUGAAGCCUUCACAAGCCCUUUAUAAAGUCUAUAUAGAUCCAUGUCUGGGGGUUUGUUUUCCUCUGUAUUGUAUCUGCUUUGUUCUGACACCGUUUUCUCUGCUUCUGAUGCCCACAUCCUGCCCACAACACUACCUGCUGCCCUGUCGGGUUCAAUCUGAUGGAAUCAGGGGUGGGGACGUAUAUGCUUUUACCUACUUCUACAAACACAUACUUUUACGUAGCGAAAUUCUAGUCAUGUCAUGAGCACUGUGACAAACAGACACGAUUAUUUUGCAUUUAGUUUAGUAGUUAUGGAUGAUGCAUCUUGGUGGCAGAUUGUUUCGUCAUUUUAGAUCAAGAUGCACACCUGACUAAUUUCGGCAGGUGACCAGAGGCUUUGCCUUUAUUUAUAUAAUCAGAAUGAAAAUCCCCUCCUGUUUGACAAAUGUGUCCCUCAGACCUCAAACAUGCUACCCACCUAAACCUCUUCCCACUCUUUCCAAACCGUUUGCGGAAGGAAGGAUGUUUGUGGCCUGCCAUACACACACACACACACACACCCAAAACCAACCUCCAACCAAACCAGAGCCAUAUGAUAUGCUAUUGUAGUGUGCAUAAUAUGUCUGUUUGUUUUCUGAUCUGAAGGUGUAAAAUUAUCCGUUUCAGGUUCUGCCUGUAGAGUGUGUUCUGGUGUGCUCAAUGCAUUCCCAAAGCUUCAGUAUACCUCAGUCCAGAGAGAGACAACCUGUGGCUGUUGUGACACACAUGGGUGACUGAGAUACAGAAAAUAGACACAUUGAGACACCCACAGCAGUGGAACACAACAAGACAGCUCUCUACAUUCCUCGGUUGUUUAAUCUCAGCUGAAACCAUGGAUUCGACCAUGGCCAAAACCACCGCUAGCUUUCUCUCCACUGUCUCCAGCAUGACCCCCACCUCCAUGACCUCCCUCCUCGCCGUUACCACGGACGCACGGAUGGAACGGGACAAUGUCACCGCAUCCAGAACAACACUCAUGACCAGUACCAUUACUAUAACAACAACCAACGAGACAAGCUACAACGCCACCAAGCUGCCAGAGGUGGCGUUAGAAGGCGCGGGGAUGGGCAUGGUGCUGGUGCCCUUUGGCAUCAUCACUGUAAUUGGCCUGGCAUUGGUCAUGAUGUUGUAUAUCAGGAAACGGAAGAGACUGGAGAAGCUGAGGCACCAGCUGAUGCCCAUGUAUAACUUUGACCCUGCAGAGGAACAGGAUGACCUGGAACAGGAACUACUGGACCACAACCGGGACGGCAACCUCACAGGAUCCAAUAACAAGACUCUCACAACCUCCCAGGGGACGACGCAGAGGCCCAGUCGCCUGGUCUUCACAGACGUAGCCAACGUUCUCAAUGCAUAACAGCACUCUUCCAUGCAUGAGAGGGGACUGGGGACAAGCUGUCCCAUCAUAGAGAUCUGUCGCUCAGGGAAAAAAAAAGGAAAACUGGAUUGAAGGCCAUGGAAACAGACUGAUGUUUGGUGUAUGUUUUUUUUCAGGGUGGGCUAUAAGGGAAUUCUGAUGUUUUAGUUGUGGGCGUAGUCUUAUUUUCAUUGUCUACAGUUUAUAACUUGUCGUCAGUGACUGAGUUGGGAAUUAUGGGGAAACGAUGCGAGUAAUGAUUUUGCACUGGUUGUUAUUGGUUGCACAAAUACUUCCAAGUGUGGUGCAUUGUGGGAUCGCUGUCUUUCUCUGCAGUUCUAGUGAUAUUGGUGGCAGAAUUGCUGGAGCUCCCACCUCCUUCUCUAAUGAGAACGUUGUCUCGAAUGUAUUAUUUAUUUUCCACACCUUUGUAUUUUGCUGCUAAAUGUAGACAACCACAUUGGACAAGUGACUCCCUAUAAAACGGAUUAUGCUCAAUGUUGAACUGCUUCCAUAAUGGUGGUGGAUUAGAGACUUGGACGUUCUGCACGUUGGAAAACUAGAAAUCAGGACAUCUGGAGAACUAUUACUGCUGCAGGACAAUUCCUGGGGAACUGUAACCCACCUAGUGUACACUACUAUACUGUAAUGUACCCACACACGUCCAAAAUGUGUCCUUCAGCACUUACGCCUCUAUGGGAACUCUCCAUUUGCCAUCAGAGUAUUACUAGUAGUGUGUUUCCUCGAUAACAAGUAAUAAAGCAGCUGCAUUGGUUUCUAUACA